AUGAUUGAUCCGGCCAACAAUAUGCUGGACAACGUGGACGAUAAGAUGACCCUGUUUGCUCCAUCAGACGAUUCUAUGGAGGUCUUCAUGGCUUGGUUCACCACCUGGAACAGAACCUCUUACUGGCAAGAUCAAGAAAACAUUAUCUGGUUCCUGAA